GCAAAGGCAUCUGGUACUUUGGGAGAAACUGGGGUUUAAGCGGUAAAAUCCAGCAACUUCAUCCGCAAACUCUUCUAAAACCCUAAGACAUGGAACUUCAAUCCGUCUGCCUUGGUUUUAAUGCCCCAAACUUCAAAUUCCCCAACCAUCGACAAUUUCGUUUUCAAUCUAAUUUAAAGGCUCCUGCUACCCACUUCGGACUAAGCAUCGGAAAUCAUGGGCUUCGAGAUGUUUCAAAGUGGUGUUUCAUGCCUGAAGGGAAAAUGUUAGACAAGGAAUUUAGAUUGUGGAGAUUGAGCAAAGGGAGGAUAGUUUGUGCCUCUGGUUCUGAUCCGAACUCAAAUUUGAAACCUAUUGGGAAGGGGAAAUCUGGUGGGGCUAUUAGUAGAUAUGGUGGGGUGGAACCGUUUCGUGGCAAAUCAGGUUCAGUUUCCUUUCAUGGGCUAACUCACCAGCUCGUGGAAGAGAGCAAAUUGAUAUCAGCUCCUUUCGAAGAAGAAAAAGGAUCCUUUCUUUGGGUAUUGGCACCCAUUGCAUUGAUUUCUUCAUUGAUUGUUCCACAGUUUUUAUUUAGCAAUGCAAUUGAAGCUUUCUUCAAGGAUGAGACACUCAUAGAACUUGUAUCAUCUUUUUCCUUUGAAGUGAUGUUCUACAUUGGUCUCGGGAUGUUCCUGUUUGUGACAGAUCAUGUUCAAAGGCCGUAUUUGCAAUUCAGUGCCAAGAGGUGGGGUCUCAUUACUGGACUCAGGGGAUACCUAACAUCAUCAUUAUUGUCGACGGGUUUCAAGGUUAUUGCUCCUCUCAUUGCCGUUUAUGUAACUUGGCCAGUGCUUGGCUUCCCAACGUUGGUUGCAGUGGCUCCUUUCCUGGCAGGCUGUGCUGUUCAGUUUGCAUUUGAGAUGACUCUUGAAAAAAGGCAGUCAUCAUGUUGGCCCUUGGUUCCUAUUAUUUUCGAGGUGUAUAGAUUAUAUCAGUUGACAAGAGCUACUCAAUUCAUUCAGCACUUUUUGUUGUUGAUGAAAGAUUCUCCGAGAACCCCGGAGAUGUUCGAGAGAGGUGGUGCACUUAUCGGAAUGAUUGGAACUUUCCAGGCCCUUGCAGUGGUUUGCCUUUGGUCAUUAAUGACGUUUCUCCUAAGGCUUUUUCCUUCUAGACCAGUUUCAGAGAAUUAUUGAUGUUUGUAAGUGUGGUUUUACAUUAUCCAUAGUUCUUUGUGAGGUUUGAAUCUUCUAAGUUAUGGAUAUCCAUGAAACUCCAUGGGCCAAUGCAUGUUCAUCCGAAGCACAUAACCGGGGAAAUUUUUGGGUCACUGUUGAAAAUGGGGAUUCA